UUCUUGCGUGGGUUUAUCUUCAAUUCCUCUUCUAAGUCACCGAAGAGAAACAUGUUCAGUAUUCGAUUUCAGUUCCUUUUUGAAGACCCUUUUUGGCACUCUGUCGUGGUUUAUGUUAGAAUUCGUCCCAUAGCAAUGUGUGAUAAAAGCUCUUAUAUUUGGUUAACCAUAAAGAGGAGAAGAGAGCUUGAGCCAACCGGCCAUUGACAGUAAAGACUGCUACAGACCCACAACAACUCUGGGCCAGUGAUUUGGCUGUCGAAGCUGGAGAAAGCUGUCGAGGCCUUGAAGGUUCUCAGUUCAGCUGAACUCUCGAGCGAGACAAGAACAUGUUCCAAGAGACAACACUUGAUUUCUCCACGAAAUGGAGCGGCUCUGAACACCUGAAAUGUGAUUAUCGAUCCGAAGCCAAGGUCCGACCUCUUGUCUCGAAAAACUCUGUCUGAAACAACGGGUUCCUUACUUAUUGUUCUGAACGGUGAAAGAUUUGUGAAUAGAGACCGCUGAUUUAAGCUCUGGAUCCUUUAAUCAUGAGCGAAACCGAUGAAGUGGACGGAGCAGUUGCUUCUAGGCUAAUUCAUGCCUCCAGCAAUAUUCGUUCAAUCCGCAUUAACGGCACCCAGGAUCAACACUAUCUGUCCAACAAGAUCAGCACAGCCAAAUACUCGUUUUUAUCGUUCGUACCCAAAUUCUUGUACGAGCAGUUCCGUCGUUUGGCCAAUGUGUUCUUCCUUUCCAUCGGUUUGCUUCAACAGAUCCCCAAUGUCUCGCCCACGGGCCGAUUUGUCACCAUUGUGCCCUUCAGUGUCAUAUUGGCAUUGACCGCCCUCAAAGAGCUCGUCGAGGAUUACAAACGGCACCGGGCCGAUGAUAAGACCAAUAACUCCCUCGUGGAGGUCUUGGCCGAUGGUGGCAAUUGGCAAAAAAAACCAUGGAAAGACCUGAAAGUGGGCGACGUGGUUCGAGUGGUCAACGGGCAGUUUUUCCCCUCUGAUCUCGUUCUGUUGGCGUCUUGCGAACCCAUGGGCAUGUGCAACAUUGAGACCUCCAAUCUAGACGGAGAAACGAAUCUGAAGAUCCGAAGUGCGUUGUUGCUCACGUGUGUCUAUGAUACACAAGUCAAGAUCAGUGAACUCCAAGGGGAGAUCCGAUGCGAGUUGCCUAACAAGAGUCUCUAUGAGUUCCAAGGUAAUAUCUCGAUAAGCAGGUCCAGUGAUGAUUGGACUCCUUUGAACCCGAACUCCAUUCUCCUCCGCGGUGCCAAGCUUAUGAACACGGAUUGGAUUCACGGCGUGGUCAUCUACACGGGUCAUGAGACGAAAUUGCUCAUGAACUCGACCAAAGCACCCCUGAAGCGAUCCAGGAUCGAUUGCGUCACGAAUUCUCAAAUUAUCCUGCUCUUUUUUAUUCUCGUUGCAAUCGCGAUAGUGUCUGCCCUUGGGAAUUGGAUUUUGACCGAGUGUUUCGACGAUAACCAUCAAAUCUAUUGGGGACCUUUCGAAGGCAAUAACUUCUUCUACAAUGUCCUGACUUUUUUCAUUCUGUACAAUAACCUCAUUCCCAUCUCACUUCAAGUCACGUUGGAAUUCGUGCGCUUUAUCCAGGCUUUCUUCAUUAAUUGGGACGAAGGCAUGUUCCAUAAACCUUCAAACACUUACGCCUUAGCCCGUACUUCAAAUCUCAACGAAGAAUUGGGCCAGAUCAAAUACGUGUUUUCGGAUAAGACGGGAACGUUGACCGAGAAUAUCAUGGAAUUUAAACGCGCCUCAAUAGCUGGCGUGUCAUAUAGUAUCUCCGCCGAUGAAGAACAAUCGGACCUGAUCCGACAUCUCAGAGAGAAAAGCAAAAGUAAGGCCAUCAUCGAAGACUUCUUAGUACUUAUGGCGAUGUGUCAUACCGUCAUUCCGGAUACGAAAGAUGACGGAGUCAUCCACUACAACGCCUCUUCACCAGAUGAGAAGGCUUUGGUGGAAGGAGCUGCCCGUUAUGGAUAUCAUUUUGUGGACCGCAAACCCGACACAGUCGUCUUGAAAACACCCAACGGUAUGGAGGAAUACACCAUUUUGAACAUCAUUGAAUUCACGAGUGACCGCAAGCGAAUGACCGUGAUUGCUCGGACUCCGUCUAACGAGAUCAAGCUGUUCGUUAAAGGUGCGGACACAAUGGUGAGCGAACGGCUGGCCAAUGAUCCUGUGUCUCGAAAGUUUUUCGAUCAAACCCUGGAUCAUUGCGUAGAAUAUGCUGUAGAAGGUUUGAGGACUCUCUUUCUAGCUGUUCGUUCAGUGUCUGAGGAAGAGUAUCAUGAAUGGCAAUUGAAGUACAGAGACGCCUCCAUGGACCUCUUUGAUCGAGAAAAGGCCAUUGCUGAAGCAGCUGAAGACAUUGAAAAGGAAUUAACCCUUCUGGGCGCCACCGCCAUCGAAGAUAAGUUGCAAGAAGGUGUGCCAGAGGCCAUCGCCGAUCUCUUGGAGGCUAACAUUAAAGUGUGGUUGCUCACCGGGGACAAGCAAGAGACUGCGAUUAACAUUGGUCAUUCUUGUCGUCUCUUAAAGGGUGACACCCCAAUCAUCACGUUGAACGACGAGAGGUCAAUUAGGCAAGAUAUUUCCAACCACGUGGAAGAAUUUCGAAAUAACUGCAGUUUGGGCAAUAAUGACAACAACGUUUCGUUAGUCAUCGAUGGCAAAACCUUAGGACAUGUCCUGAGAGACGAUCCUCUUAAACGGACCUUUUUCGAUUUAUGUAACAGUUGUUCAAGUGUUAUAUGCUGCCGCGUGUCUCCCAGUCAAAAGGCAGAAGUGGUGGACCUAGUGACGAAAUUUACUGGGGAAGUGUCCCUAGCCAUUGGUGAUGGUGCCAAUGAUGUGGCCAUGAUUCAGAAGGCCAAUGUGGGUGUGGGCAUUUCAGGCAAUGAGGGCCUGCAAGCUGCCAAUUCUUCCGAUUUUGCCAUAGCCCAAUUCCGCUUCAUAACUCGACUUUUGUUUGUCCACGGAUCGUGGAACUACACUCGGGUGUCUAAAGUGAUUUUGUACUCGUUCUACAAGAACAUUUGUCUCUACGUGAUUGAGCUGUGGUAUGCUUUGUACAACUAUUGGUCAGGGCAAGUUCUGUUUGAACGAUGGACAAUUGGGAUGUACAACAUUUUCUUCACCUCAAUGCCUCCCAUCGCCAUGGGCAUUUUCGAUCAUCAAUGCACUGCUGAAACUCGGUUGAGUCAUCCCGUUAUGUAUCAAUCGACUCAGCUCUCGGAAUAUUUCAACAUCAAGAUCUUUUGGUUCUGGGUACUUAAGAGCUUGAUCCAUAGUGUGAUACUUUAUUGGCUGCCCCUGGUCUUCUAUGGCUAUGGAAAUGUCUGGCAAAGUGGCAACUCGGGUGGUUAUCUUGUCCUGGGGAACACAGUUUAUUCUCUGGUGGUAGUCACGGUUUGCAUCAAAUCCGGCUUGGAAAUGGAUUCGUGGUCAUGGUUGACCCACUUGAGUCUCUGGGGUUCCAUCGCUUUUUGGUUCGUGUUCCUCGUAUGCUAUAGCUGUUUCUGGCCUUUGGGCAUCCCAUUCGCUCCUAAUAUGGCGGGGAUGUUCAGUAUCUUGGCCAAGUCUCCAAUAUUCUGGUUGAGCAUGCUUCUAGUCCCAGUAGUGACGCUUCUCCCGGACAUUUGCUACAAGGUGUAUCGAGUCGCAUUCCACGCCUCCAAAACAGACAUCAUUCGGAUUGCCGAAAUUCAGAACAUGAACGUGGAUCCUUUCGUUGAAGAUGGUGGGAGUUCACAUUCUAAUCAGGGUAGUCUUGCCUUUGUUCUGCGAAGACUACAAAAACUGAAUCCCAAGAACCGCCGAUCCAGUGGUUCAAACACGGGGUAUGCAUUUUCCCAAGAAGAAGAUGGGGUUGUGUCCCAAAGUGAAGUUGUCCGAAGGAAAAGUCGCGCGCCCCGUCAUGACAAAGACGCUCCCGGGGUCAGUGGAAUCAAAUUAAGCCCAACUCUGGAGGAAUCGGAAAGUGGCAUUACCUCCAAAAGUAAUAGCAUUGUCCGAUUCAACGACCUUGGUGGGACUAAGACCAGUCUCACAUCGCCCAAUUCAGAAUCUCUUUCCAACACCCCGUUCCUGGUCACUACUCGAACCAAAGAACUUCCAUCUCCCCAAUCGCCCAUCAAGAUCAAUUCCAAGUUCAGCUCCUACAAACAAUACGCCCACAAUCCCUCGGAAAGGCAUCCUCUUCGGGAAAGAACCAAUGAAACGCCAGUAUGAGGUUCGUGGGGUGUGUCUAGUAUGAAUACCAAAACGUGUCACCUAUGGCUGUGGGCUUCGGAUAUCCUGGACUUCAGGGAUCCGGAUCAGUACGUUCCAAGGGUUAGCAUUGUGGGAACAGUAGUUCGAGUCAUCCGGCCUUACAAUCUGGAGGAGGGCAACAAACCUGUGGGGUAUUAUAUCGAUGAUGGAACUGGGACCGUUAAAGUUGUGCACUUCCUUCAAAAACGUUUACAACGAAUGCAAGAUGAUCUUCUGUUGGCCAAGAUGGCGAAAGUGAAAAGUGAUGGCGGACCAACGGCCGUGUUAAAGCACAUUGAAAGCCUCCACAACCGAACGAAAGAGCCCUUGGAGGUCGGGAUGUGUGUGGAGGUCAAGGGGCGGGUUCAGUUUUUCCGUGGAAACACAGAAAUUGUCGCUUAUGAAGUGCGCGAAAUCAGCGAUCCCAAUCUCGAAUUGGCGCGCUUUUUUGAAAUGGAAAAGUUGCGCCCGCGUUAUAGAGAGGAAUUCAAGUUUCUCAAGUAAAGAAGGCAUUCAUCAUGGCAGAUUGUCAAGCCAAAGGCGUGAUCACAUAUGUAUCUUUUUUAGUAUCUUAUUCGCACGAAAAGAAAAGCGUUCAUAUUUGUAACAGACCAGUCGACAGGUAGUAGCAUUUUGAUUCUUGCAAAUCUCUAUUGGUUAGAACAGACGAAAGUUUCACAACUUGAUAAGAUGAAUUACUUUGGUUUGGAGAGCGCCAUUUGAAAUUAGAAAUCUAUGCCUGACAACACGAUGACAGGUUUUCAAAGUUUUUUCUUGAAUGUUCAAAUCGCAACUCUUAAUGGUUGGACAAUUCCAAAAUACAUUCUGAUUUGUUGAGAUCUAGAAUCUCAUCGAUUUGCCUUGUAAUGAUAAACUUGUUUUAUCAGAAACUUACAACGGAGAUUGGGGGAUUCAUUGACUUUGAAAAUCGCCGACAAUCCUUUUUGCUUCAUUUUCUGGUUCUGAAAUCUACACUAUUUUUUAAUGCUUUAGAUUACUCCUGCCGAUUUCAUGAAAAUCUAGUGUUCGUCAAAAGGGUUUUGAUCCAGCCCGAUAACCUCAUACUAGUUAGACACCAGUAAAAUUCAUUAAAUCCAAAGCAUUCUCAACCCUGUACUUAUUAUGAUUACAAAAUUGUUGAUCUCGUACUUUUAUUCUAAUGUUUGUUAAUAAAUUCAGGAAUUGCGCUA